AUGCCUUCCGUUUUCCCGCCAUGUCCCCGCAGGAACCUGACUACCAACGUCCGCCGGGAAACUCUUUCUCGGCUUCAGGCGUCCAAGUCCAUUGGCGAAUUGAAGCAAAUCCACGCGCAUGUCGUCCGCCAGGAAGCCGACCGGGACGUGUUCGUCGCCACCAAGCUCUUGGAGUCCGUCGUGGUGGCCGGACACUUGGACUAUGGUCACCGGCUUUUCGACUGCAUCGAAUUACCUAAUGCCUAUACAUGGACGACCAUGAUCCGGGGCUUCGUCGAGGCUAAAUGCUACGGGAAAGCCGUCGAGUUGUAUUACAGAAUGAGGUCCGUCGGCGUUCCGCCGAACAACUUCACCUUCCUCUUUAUGCUGAAGACGUACUCCUUUAUGGGUAGUUGCCAUGAGGGAAGAAUUAUUCACGGGAAGAUCUUCAGAAACGGGCUUGACUGCGACGAUUAUUUGCACAAUGCCCUUGUCAGUUUAUAUGCGAAGUGUGGUGAAUUGGAGUCCGCACAGAAAUUGUUUGAGGAAAUGCCUCAAAGAAAUUUAGCCACUUGGAACGCCAUGUUGAAUGGAUAUUUCAUAUAUGGAGACGUAAAGGUUGCGCAGAAAUUGUUUGACGAAAUGCCUGAGCGAAACGUGGUCUCAUGGAAUACCAUGCUUGGUGGAUAUUCGAGGUCGGGGAUGCUCGACCUUGCCAGGUCUCUUUUUGAAGUCAUGCCCAAAAAGGAUUUGCUUUCGUGGAGCACAAUGAUCUCCGGCUAUAUCCAAAGCGGGCAGGCAUCUGAGGCGUUGGAGCUCUUUCACAAGAUGCAGCUUGCUGGUGUCGGCCCGGAUGCCGUUACCAUGGCCAGUGUGCUCUCAGCUUGUGCUCAAAUUGGUGCAUUGGACACUGGCAAAUGGGUUCACGCCUAUGUCGAGAGGAAGAAACUAAGGCACGAUGUUGUUCUCAGUACAUCACUGAUCGACAUGUACGCCAAAUGUGGUUUAAUAGACAUGGCCCUUCAAGUCUUCAAUACAAUGCAGCACAGAAACCUUUACUCCUGGAACGCCUUGAUUUGUGGGUUGGCAAUGCAUGGCAUGGGCCAUGAAGCAUUGGAAUUCUUCGGUCACAUGGGGAAGUCAUGCAUUAUGCCGAACCAGAUCACAUUUGUGGGUGUCCUUUGUGCUUGUUGUCAUGUAGGAUGCGUGGAAGAGGCGCGGAGACAGUUCCGAUGCAUGACUGAACAUUUUGACAUUGAUCCGACGAUUGAGCACUACGGCUGUAUGGUUGAUGUUCUUGGUAGAGCAGGCCUGAUAGAUAUGGCCAAGGAGGUAAUAGAAGAGAUGCCAAUGCAGCCGAACAUUGUGGUGUGGGGGGCAUUGCUUGCUGCCUGCAAGAUCCAUGGCAACAUGAAGGUUGGUGCUGCUGUGGUGAAACAUCUAAUGGAGCUGGCGCCGAGUGAAGGCGGGUGCUAUGUGCUGGUGUCAAACAUAUAUGCUGCUGGAAGGAGGUGGGAUGAAGCUGCAAAAAUGAGAAAGGCUAUGAGAGAAAUGGGGGUUGAGAAGACUCCUGGAUGUAGCUGCAUUGAGGUUAACAGUGUUGUCCAUGAGUUUGUUGUGCAUGAUCAAUCGCAUCCGCAGUGGGAGCAAAUCAUUGAACUGCUGGAUGAGCUUAAUAUCCAUUUAGAGGAGGAGGGUUACCUGCCUGAUCCUUCUUUACUGUUGUAUGAUAUAGCUGAGGAGAUCUAA